UAAUAAUGUGCAACAAAAAUCAUAGAGAUGACAUUUUACAGACUAUUUUUUUAAGAGUUACGUGACCGGUUCACCAUUAAUAUGAUAUCGCCUUUUUUUCUGAUAAAUUCUGUAAAUAUCCUUCCUUGUCUGCUACAUAAAUCUGCAUUAAAGAAUUAAGCCUUUGCCACAAACUCAAAACUGUCCCUUUAGUAUCCGGAUACUGUCCCUUUAGUAUCCGGAUACUGUCCCUUUAGUAUCCGGAUACUGUCCCUUUAGUAUCCGGAUACUGUCCCUUUAGUAUCCGGAUACUGUCCCUUUAGUAUCCGGAUACUGUCCCUUUAGUAUCCGGAUACUGUCCCUUUAGUAUCCGUGUAGAAAAUAUUGAGGCCCAUUGUGAAACUAUGUCGAACAUUGUUUAUAUAUUAAUUACGCAAAUCUUGUAUUGUGAUCAACCCAGUCCAUGUACGUAUAUAUAUAAAACUUUGUCUGAGAUUUCAGAAUAACUUCUCAAUAGAACUUAAGGGAAAGAAAACCUUGUAAAAAACAGGAAAGCCAAAAAAAUUUCGUCGGCAGCGCAUCUUUUGGUUCCUAAAUCUGGAUUUUUUGGUUCCAAAUUAAAUCUUGCACCCCCUCACUUAAAUCCUGUAUCCGCCACUGCCUCCAUUGCUUCCUACUUUUAUUCAUCAAAAUGAAAUAAAAAAUAAAAUAUAUAUUCUAUAUAAGCUAUAGAAUUAAAAUGGCUGGCGAAAGAUUGAAGGAAAAGCUUGGGUUAAAAGAAUUACAAAAAGAGGGAGGAUGGUUUAGGGAAAUUGGAAAAUCAAAAACGGAAGAAAAUGAUCGGCCUGUGACUUUAAGGCAGUGUUCACAAUUUCAGAAAGGCACUGUUGCUGCAAUGAAUAUGGGACCUUCAGAAGUGAAGGAUUCAUCUUCUAUUCUCUUUAUGCUCCAGGGAGUAGACUUCUCAGCUUGGCACAGAUUAUCAUCGGAUGAAUAUUUCUGUUUUCACUCCGGAUCCAAUAUCAGGAUUCAUAUGAUAGACGGUUCAGGAGCCUACUCUUCCGUCCUAGUUGGACCAGUACUAGAUUUAGACCCGGAGCAGGAGGAGGAACCCGUCCUACAGUAUCUGGUACCUAGAGAUACUUGGUUUGCAUCCGAGCUAGUAAACAAAGAUCUUGAGUCCUACUGCCUUGUUUCAUGCAUAGUUGUUCCUCCGUUUGAGUGGGAUAAGUUUGAACUCGGAGAACUAGGAACUCUGGUUCAACUGUUCCCAGAGCACCAGGAGAGGAUCAAACCAUUCUGUAGAAAUUAAACCUUGCACCAAAAUAAUGUUUCUUAGAAUUCAUGUUUAAAGGGAGUGUUCGCGAAAAAUGAAAGGGGGUAUAGGCUUAAUGCGAUUAAAAAGCG